AGCAAGCGCUUUUCAUGAUUAAAGACCGGGUGCAACCCCCCCUCGAAUCUAUCGCGGAAUAUCGAAACCGAUUUUACCGAAUGUUUGUGAAAACUGAACGGGGCGAGCAAGUCGGAAGAGAUUUGUUUAUCGAUGGACUGUGCAGCCGAACGAUAAGGGCGAAGCUGCGAAAACAGUUCUCCCCCAUCAAUCAUACGCUGCAACAGAUUAUGGCCGCUGCAGAGGAGAUGGAACGAAAGUUCGCAGCGAGUUUCCUAGAAGGGGAAAACUAUCCUAAGGAAGGAGACUCGUCCGAACUUGCGAGAGCAAAAGCUGAGCUGGCUGCAUUGCAAAACAAGUUCGAGAACAUGGGAUUUGUGUCUGGCCCAGCCACCUAUCUGGAACAGAUAGCCCCUAAACGGUCGGCCCCGAGUGUGAUCACGAGUGUCCCUGUUCCUGUGAUGCCAACACCUGUAAUGACGACACCCCCACCACCGAUUGAGAACCCUGUGAGGUCAAAUGAGGACGAAGACCAUCGCGAGUGGAGCGAGUACUUAGAGUGGCUGAUUAUCCAGGCCUGGAGAACGGACGUGGCGGGCGAUCUUCUUGGAUUCCUGUUCGGAUCGGUGCGGCCCAAUCAUCGCCAACCAAUCGUCCUAGAGCUUACGAUCCCACUCGCGCAGCUAGCCGACGAUCUCCCCCAGGAGAUUGUCUCGCAAAGUGACGAGAGCCCAGUCCCACACGUCCUCACGCGGACCUUGACGCCGUAUCUUCAGUGGUCAGCGUGCCUGGAGGAGCCAGGAAGCGACCGCAAUCCACCAUCACAGCGGGAUUAUUUGAGCCCGCGGGAGAUCAUCGAUCCCGCCUACUUCCGGGAUCGAACAGCCACCGAAGACGAGGCGAUAGCGGUUGAGGAAGAAGAAGAAGAGGAGGAGGACGACGAGGAAGAAACUCUCGAAGAGGGGAGUUACAGCGAAUACAGCGAAGGGGAACAAAGUGAGGAGGAGGAAGAAGAAGAACAAGACGACGAAGAGGAGGAGCUAGAGCUGGAGGAGUCGGGGUGGGAGAUCUCGACAGACGAAGGAGAGCAGACGGGCGUACAGGCGGAAGAUCCCGAGGCGGCACGCAAGAGAGAAGAGAUCGCGGUCAGAAAACGUUAGCUGGAAUCCGCCAGCGGAGCCAAUCAGCAGGUCGCCGACGAUCCGGCCCGAGAUCC